GAGCUAUCUCGAGUAGAGACUAUGCUACUUCCCAAUGGACUUUGGCUCCUAGGACGGCGGUGUUGCGAUUCCAUCUAGGAUUCAAAGUUGCAAUCAGGCAACCGCAUGUACGAAGCAUUCUCACGAGCUACUCAGUGGUACGACGGUUGCAUCACGGAGACGAGCCCCUCAGUCUAUUUAAUCCAAACACCCGACUUGCAUGAUGUUAGUCAUGUCCGGCCUCGAUUGAUUGAUGCAUGAUAUCCAGACGCGCCGAUUAUUCCACGGGGUCAUUGGAUUGGCUGACCAUCCAAGCUGGGGAAUUCCAGCCGAGGUACAGUCGGAGAUUAGGGACUGUCGUGCUGAUUGUCGGAACUCACCGGAGGGUCUGCAGCCCUGCCGCGUCUCCAUGAGAGAACUGAUAAGCGAGACGCGGCGGAGACUUUCACCAUUUCGGAAGAUGAUCGACGCCUCCGGCCUAGUGUCCCUCGACUUUAAGCUUAAUCCCCAGUCAUCCAACCGCCCAGGAACCCGCAAUCCCGUCUUAUCAGCUCCUGCAGGAUCGAACGGUCGUGCCUGCAGGAACUCGUCAUCCUGGGUCCUUCUUCUAUUCCUCGUUAGCGCUAGAUGCAUCCUCCUGCAGGAAGCUGUCAGGCUUAACUCCUUAUGGUGUAUUCCCGGUCUUCACUUCCUGCUCGGCUGCAUCCGAACCGGCGGACAUCCGCGUCGGUGAUUAGGAUGGCCGUUUCAAAGGUUUCGCAGGUGGGGUGAGUUACGUUGCCAGCUGCCGCCGCUGCAGAAACGCCGGCUGCACUUGAUGCAUAU